AUUGUAAGAAACAGCCUUUCCCGGCAGGCGCAGCGGAUUCCUCCUCCUGUUCUUAACCUCCCUCCUUUCGCCUCUCCCUCUCAGUCAAGCUGUCUAGCCGCUGGUUGCUGGGGUGCGGAACUGCUCAGAGCCAUGCCAGAGGUAGUGGAUUCGUGCUCUUUGGCCUCUCCGGAGUCCGUUUGCCGGACCAAGCAUCUGCACCUGCGCUGCCGCGUUGACUUUACUCGCCGGGCGCUGACUGGGACCGCCGCGCUCAGGGUCCAGUCCCAGGAGGACAAUCUGCGCAGCCUGAUUUUGGAUACAAAGGACCUCACAAUAGAAAAAGUGGUCAUCAAUGGGCAAGAAGUCAAUUAUACUCUUGGAGAAAGACAAAGUUACAAAGGAUCACCUUUGGAAAUCUGUCUUCCUACUGCUCUGAGCAAAAAUCAAGAAGUCGUGAUAGAAAUUUCUUUUGAGACAUCUCCACAAUCGUCUGCUCUUCAGUGGCUCACUCCUGAACAAACUUCUGGGAAGAGGCACCCGUACCUCUUCAGCCAGUGCCAGGCCAUCCACUGCCGAGCAAUUCUUCCUUGCCAGGACACUCCUUCGGUGAAAUUAACGUACAGUGCGGAGGUGUCUGUCCCUAAAGAACUGGUAGCACUUAUGAGUGCCAUUCGUGAUGGGGAAGCACCUGACCCAGAAGACCCGAGCAGGAAAAUAUACAGAUUCAGCCAAAAAGUCCCGAUCCCCUGCUACUUGAUUGCUUUGGUGGUUGGAGCUUUGGAAAGCAGGCAAAUUGGCCCAAGAACAUUGGUAUGGUCCGAGAAAGAGCAGGUGGAAAAGUCAGCUUACGAAUUUUCGGAGACUGAAUCUAUGCUUAAAAUCGCAGAAGAUCUGGGAGGCCCGUAUGUUUGGGGGCAGUACGACCUCUUGGUCCUGCCGCCAUCCUUCCCUUAUGGCGGCAUGGAAAACCCUUGCCUCACUUUUGUCACUCCCACUCUGCUGGCAGGUGACAAGUCACUCUCCAAUGUCAUUGCACAUGAAAUCUCUCACAGCUGGACAGGAAACCUAGUGACCAACAAAACUUGGGAUCACUUUUGGUUAAAUGAAGGACACACUGUGUACUUGGAACGCCACAUUUGUGGACGGCUGUUUGGUGAAAAGUUCCGACAUUUUCACGCUCUGGGAGGAUGGGGAGAACUACAGAAUUCGAUAAAGACUUUUGGGGAUACGCACCCUUUCACCAAACUCGUGGUCGAUCUGACGAACGUAGACCCGGACGUGGCGUAUUCGUCAGUCCCCUAUGAAAAGGGCUUUGCUUUGCUCUUUUACCUUGAGCAACUUCUUGGAGGACCAGAGAUUUUCCUAGGAUUCUUAAAGGCUUAUGUUGAGAAAUUUUCCUACAAGAGCAUAACCACUGAUGACUGGAAGGAUUUCCUGUAUUCUCACUUUAAAGAUAAGGUCGAUAUUCUCAAUCAAGUGGACUGGAACACCUGGCUCUACUCCCCAGGACUGCCUCCCGUGAAACCCAAUUACGAUAUGACUCUGACAAAUGCUUGUAUUGCCUUAAGUCAAAGAUGGAUUACUGCCAAAGAAGAUGAUUUGAACUCAUUCAACUCAGCAGACCUGAAAGAUCUCUCUUCUCAUCAGCUGAAUGAAUUUUUAGCACAGAUGCUUCAGAAAGCACCUCUUCCAUUGGGGCACAUAAAGCGAAUGCAAGAGGUGUACAACUUCAAUGCCAUUAACAAUUCUGAAAUACGGUUCAGAUGGUUGCGGCUCUGCAUUCAAUCGAAAUGGGAGGAAGCAAUUCCUUUGGCUCUGAAAAUGGUGACUGAACAAGGAAGGAUGAAAUUUACACGACCCUUAUUCAAGGACCUUGCUGCCUUUGACAAGUCCCAUGACCUGGCCAUCCGCACCUACGGAGCACACAGAGCCGGCAUGCACCCCGUGACGGCCAUGCUGGUGGGCAAGGACCUGCAGGUGGAGUGAGGGCCCGCCCGCCGCGCCUCUCAGACAGUCCUCUUUUUUACAUCGAAUUCACAAAGAAAUGUAAAACUUCAGCUCAUAGGAUAACUAAAAAUGCCUUUUUACUUUUGGCUUUUUGUUGUUUUAUCACUGCUUUUCGUAAAUAAAGCUGAACUGCCUUCCCUCCCACUCCCCCCAUGGCAUAUUCUUGAUAUGAAGUGAAUUUUAUAAAAGUUUAAUCUUUUGAUUUA